GUUAUGAUUAUCCUGCUAAAUAAAAAAGUGCGUUUCCUAUUGGUUUAAGUGGUUGUGAUUAAUGCGCACGCGCCAGUUUCUGUCGGUCGGCUGUAGGAGAAAAUGGCAGCGCUCAUGCUAGGACAGCAGGUUCGCCAGUUAAGUACAUCCGCAGUCAGACCAGUUGCGAAGCUGGUCAAGCCACCCAUCCAAGUCUAUGGUGUGGAAGGGCGCUAUGCCACUGCUCUGUUCUCAGCUGCCAGCAAGCAGAAGAAACUGGACCAAGUAGAGCAGGAGCUUGGAAAAGUGCAUGCCUUGAUUAAGGACCCAAAACUUUCCAGUGUGGUAAUGAACCCUCAUGUGAAGCGCAGCCUUAAACUGAAGACCUUUAAUGAUGCCCUAGCAAAGGCAAAAGUGUCACCAAUCACAUUGAACCUCAUCAAUGUCCUGGCUGAAAAUGGCCGUCUGACUCUGACUGAGGAUGUCAUCACUGCUUUUGGUAAAAUGAUGAGUGCACACCGUGGAGAGGUCAUCUGCUCUGUCACAACUGCUAAGCCCUUGGAUGAAGCAAAUCUCGCUGAACUGACAGUUGCCCUGAAAGGGUUUCUUCAGAAAGGUGAAACCAUCAAGCUAGAAACAAAGUCUGAUCCUGCAAUCCUUGGGGGCAUGAUUGUCAGUAUCGGAGACAAGUAUGUGGACAUGUCCACUAAAACAAAGAUUCAGAAGUUGACAAAACUCAUCCGGGAAACAUAAUUCCUUUUGGGUAUUUUAAUUUACAAAGUUGAGGAUGGCCACCGUGAUAUUGCUUCCUGUUAAAGUAAGCAUUUGAGUACAAUGUAUCUGUAUAAAAUCAUAUGGAUGUUAAUAAAUAAUACAAAAAAUGGAA